AUGAAGCCUACACAAGGUUUCAGCAAUCUGCUGUGCCUCGCCUCCUUGAUUGCGCAGCCUGUUAACGCAAUCGUCGGAGGAAGCGAUGUAUCCGCCGGCGACGCACCAUUCGCGGCCGCCAUUAUCUCCAGCACCAAUUUCGGCAACACCUACAUCUGUGGGGGCUCACUGAUCAGCUCCAAGACCGUGCUCACAUCUGCUUACUGCGUCGAUGGGUCUUCAGCAUCGUCCUUAAGGGCACGAGUUGGCAGUCUCGAACACGCAUCUGGAGGCAAAGUGAACCAAGUCAUUAAAGUCAUCAAGCAUCCCAACUACAACACCAACACCAGAGACUUCGACUACGCCAUCCUUCAUCUCCAAGACGCCGUCCCGGAUAUCACACCUGCGUUAAUUGCCAAUGAAAAGACGGAAUCUGGCGCGCCUUUGACCCUGUACGGCUGGGGAAGUACGGACAAGGACUCCGAAAAGAUCCCCAACAAGCUGCAGCAGCUUGGAACUACAUACAUUACCUCUGGCGACUGCAACUCAAUGUGGUCAGAUACCAUCGCGGUGACUUACAACAUGAACUGUGACGCCGCGCCGGAGAAAGGCAGGGGCUCUUGCACCAAAGACCAAGGAGGUGCCGUUGUCAACGAGCUCGGAGAGAUUAUUGGUGUUAUGGGUCAAUACAACUAUUGCGAUAAGGCGUCAAAUGGUCGCCCCGAUAUCAAUAGCGAUACUUUGCCUGCGAAGGAUUGGAUUGAUCAAAACACCAUCUGA